AUGGCACAAACCUUCAAUCACGACACGAAACCAACAUCCCGUCUCCUUCAACUCCCUGCCGAGCUCCGUCUCAAAAUCUACGAAUAUGCCCUAGACAUCCCAAACGAGUACCUCGUCAGCAAACCCAUGAUCGUCCUAGGCGACCAUGGCAACACCUUCACAUCCCGCGGCCAAUAUCGCGCCCUCUCAAUGAGUCCCCACUGGGUCGGCGACGACGGCACAGCCCGCAACCUGCUAUCCGUCAACCGCCAGCUCCACAACGAAGCAGAAGACUACCUCUAUUCCUCGCACACCCUCUUUCUCCGCAACUCCUUCAACCUCGACCGUCUCGGCGCCUUCCUCGACACGCUAAGCGCAACCGCCCGCGCGCGCAUCCGCAGCGUCGGCUUCGAGGUCUUCUUCUUCGUACACACGCAAACUGGCGUGCCGAAACGGACUCUUAAACAGUACGAGGCUGCCGCGCGGCUACUGACUGAGAAGUUGCCGAGCUGGAAUAGCGUGUUGAUAUAUGUUGAUCCGCGCUUUUACUACCCGUCUGCGAAUGUGGGUGGAAGGGAUUUGACGGCGCGGGGCGUGUUCGAUCUGGCGACGAGGUUUGGGGCGCUGUGUAAGGAUGUUAGCUUUUAUCCUUUGCCGAAUGGGCACCAGCAUUUGCUGGAGGAGGCGCAGCAGUUUGUUUGGCGAAGUCGGUCGCCGGGGAGGUCGUCGGAUGGGAGGAGGUCGAUUAAGGGGUGUUUGGCUUGGUCUUUGGAUUUGGAUUUCAAGAAGUUGAGUGUGUCGGGUGGGCAUGGGCCUACUCCAUCUCUUUGCUUUUGUUGA